UACUGUGUUAACAUUUAGAUAAAUUCAAUAAUUGUGGGAAAAAACUAAAUUGAAGAUAUUUUUAGUGUUUUUAUCACUAAAUCAAAGAAUUUGAUAUCAAAAUUAUAUCAAUUGUAAAGAAAAACCAUUGAAUUGGGAAAAAUGACAUCAUCACAGUUUCCGAAGGUUGAACCAGAUUUACUCUGCUGGCAUUGCGAUGAGGAUGCAGCAACAUUGAAGUGUGGCUAUUGUAAUCGUUCGUUUCACAGGAACUGUGAAAUAAAUUCCGAUGCGGUCAUCGAAGAGGACAAUUGGCGUUGUUCGGUUUGCUUUGCAAUUGACGAGAAAAAUGACAAGGAGAAUGAACUGAAAAUGUUGCCCGUGCUCAUGAAUAAAAUUUGGAAAGAAAAGUCGCUCAAUUUGUUGAAAAAGCCAAUUCCAUGGGGUGAUUGUUCAAAAUCCAUUACCAAUGCCAUCGACUUGAUACAAAUCAAAGAGAAAAUCGAUGAAUACACCAGCUUUGCCGAAUUUCAAAGUGACAUUUCUUGGAUACGACACAACAGUGUGCUUUUGUACACAGAUGAUCACGAGAUAACAAAUGCGGCUCGUGUCCUGUCGAAACUCGUCGAAGAUGAAAUCACCGACAUUAAAAAUUGUUCCGAGUGUUACGAGAAUGCCGUCAAGUAUCCGAAGCGAUGGUUCACGAUGGUUUGCUCCAAACUGCACAUUGUUGUCUGGGCGAAGUUGCCUGGUUUCACACAUUGGCCGUCCAAGGUUAUGGCCAUCAACGAUCAACAGAUCAGUAUCGAUUUCUUCGGUGAUCACACACAAGCCAAGGUACCGGCCAAAAGUUGCUAUUUGUAUUCAAAUAAAAGCCCAAAACCUCCACGCACAACAUCCAAAACAUACUUAUCAGCAUUGGAAGAAUGCAACGCUUACAUACAAAAUGUUCGAAAUAAAUGCGGUUCGUACAAAUUAGCGGAAACGAAAACGAUUUUUGAUCCGGCAUCGUACGAAGACUACAUUGAUGGACUGUUCAAGGUAAAAGAGGAGCCUGCCACUGUGCUCGACAGCGAGGAGGAAGACGAUGAUGGUGAGAUGGAUAGUAUCAUGGAUUUGACGAGUGACACAGAAGAGGCGACACCAUCAAACCAAAUCUAUGAAACAUUCAAUGUGGAUCUGUCAAAACCAGGUACAUAUUCGACUGGUAAAGAAUUGAUUAUUUUAUUGAAACGAAUCGAUGAUCCACCACAUGAAAAAGGUAUUCAAAACGGUGCUGCCGCUGCUUCAGGUGCAAAUAUGAAGCGAAAGAAUGCAUCUACCGAAGAUCAACCAUUACAGAAGAAGGUUCGAUUUAGUGACGAAUUCGGAGGGCAAUUGGCGCAAGUACACCUGGUUGAACGGCACGAAUACAGUCCCGACAGAGAACUGGCCGAUACCGAUGAAAUGGUCGAAAAUCACACCAAUGGAUCACAUGAAAAUGAAUCGAUGGUAAAUUAUGUUGAUAUUGAAGAGAAAACAUCAAACGGUGCCGUACUCAUUGCCAGCGAGACUGGCUGCACAAAAAUCGAUGAUGAAAAUAGCACGGCCUCAACUGGGAAACAUACAUUUGAAAAGAUUGUUCAAAGCAUGAGAUUCAUUCAAGGAAGCGUACUUGACUUGAUGCAUUUACAUGAACUUAAAACACAAGCACUGAACAGCGAUUUAAUGACCUCUAGAGAGGAAUUUACCAGGGAAUUGACGGAUCUUCGUGAAAAAAAUAAACAAUUGUCGGCGCAAUUGCAAAUGGUUAAAGAUGACACAGCCAUUGAAAUUAAAAAUAUUAACAAAAACUUUGGAAUACAAAUCGCCGAACAUAUCGAAGCGAAUAAUCGACAAAAUGCCAAUGAAAUUGAAGCGUUGAAAAUGGAACACGCUAAACAAUUGGCCGACAUUGAACAGAAAUUCAACGAUGAAAAGGCGGAAUUGAUGGAGGUUAACAAUCGAGAGAAAAUCGAUCUUAUCAAUGAAAUUGACGCGUUAAAAGAGGAAAAGCGGGCCAAAGUGACUGAAAUGCAGCAGAAAAUUCAUGAUGAAAAGGUCAAUUAUGAACUGAAGCUUAAACAAAAGUGCAUUGACAUUGCCGAUCAAGUGCGAAAAAAUGUCGAGAAAAAUAUGAAAUGUAAAGGCUGCGGAAUUAUAGUGGAAUAUUGCAGUGCUGCAUGUAAACAAACAUGGAACACUUGGAAGGAUCCAAAAGUGUCCGAUAGCGACGACGGGCGAAGUGAAACAAACGCAAAUGAAAGCGAUUCAGUCGACGAUUGAAGCAAUAACACUUCAUCAAGCACAAUCUACUGGAAAUUAGAAUAUUUUUAUACAUUUUAUUUUUACAUUUAAAAUGAUCAGCAUUUAUGGAGAAAAUUGUAUUGAUUCAU